UGCGCAUGCGCGGCGGAGCGCGGCGACCCCGUGCGUGGCAGGAAGCGGAAGGGGGCCGGUAGGGCUCGAGCACUGACGUGUCUCUCGAGUGAGCCUGAGUCUCCUCCCGGCUUCGGUUCCCUCUCUGGACAGGAAAAGCGGCCGAGAUGGGCAUUAAAUUUCUUGAAGUAAUUAAGCCCUUCUGUGUUAUCUUGCCUGAAAUUCAAAAGCCAGAAAGGAAGAUUCAAUUUAAGGAAAAAGUACUAUGGACAGCUAUCACACUUUUCAUCUUUUUAGUAUGCUGCCAGAUUCCUCUGUUUGGUAUCAUGUCAUCAGACUCAGCAGAUCCUUUCUAUUGGAUGAGAGUAAUUCUGGCUUCAAAUAGAGGAACAUUGAUGGAGCUUGGUAUUUCACCCAUUGUCACUUCUGGGCUCAUCAUGCAACUCUUGGCUGGUGCCAAGAUAAUUGAGGUUGGUGACACGCCGAAAGACAGAGCUCUCUUCAAUGGGGCACAGAAAUUGUUCGGCAUGAUUAUUACCAUCGGUCAGUCUAUUGUCUAUGUAAUGACAGGGAUGUAUGGAGAUCCAUCUGAGAUGGGUGCUGGUAUCUGUUUGCUUAUCACUAUUCAGCUUUUUGUUGCUGGAUUGAUCGUUCUACUAUUGGAUGAGCUUUUACAGAAAGGAUAUGGUCUUGGUUCUGGCAUCUCUCUCUUCAUUGCUACCAACAUCUGUGAGACUAUUGUAUGGAAAGCAUUCAGCCCUACCACUGUGAACACAGGCCGAGGAAUGGAGUUUGAAGGCGCCAUCAUUGCUCUGUUCCAUCUGCUGGCUACUCGUACGGACAAAGUCAGAGCUCUCCGAGAGGCCUUUUACCGCCAGAACCUCCCUAACCUCAUGAACCUGAUUGCCACCAUUUUUGUCUUUGCUGUUGUCAUUUAUUUCCAGGGCUUCAGAGUGGACCUCCCCAUCAAAUCUGCCCGCUACCGUGGCCAAUACAACACUUAUCCUAUCAAGCUGUUCUAUACUUCGAAUAUUCCCAUCAUUCUUCAAUCUGCAUUGGUAUCUAAUCUGUACGUCAUCUCCCAGAUGCUGUCAGCUCGCUUCAGUGGCAACUUGUUGGUUAGUCUGCUGGGCACCUGGUCUGACACUUCAUCUGGAGGCCCUGCUCGCUCUUAUCCAGUUGGUGGACUUUGCUAUUAUCUGUCACCCCCUGAAUCCUUUGGUUCAGUGUUAGAAGAUCCUGUCCAUGCAGUUGUUUAUAUUGUGUUUAUGCUGGGCUCCUGUGCUUUCUUCUCCAAGACAUGGAUUGAAGUCUCUGGCUCCUCUGCCAAAGAUGUUGCCAAACAACUAAAAGAACAACAGAUGGUAAUGAGGGGCCAUAGAGAAACUUCCAUGGUCCAUGAACUAAACAGAUACAUUCCCACAGCUGCUGCAUUUGGUGGCCUUUGCAUCGGAGCUCUUUCUGUCCUGGCAGACUUCCUUGGAGCAAUUGGGUCUGGAACGGGAAUCUUGCUAGCUGUCACUAUCAUUUAUCAGUACUUUGAAAUUUUUGUAAAGGAGCAGAGUGAAGUUGGAAGCAUGGGAGCUCUUCUCUUCUAAACCUAGCUUCUCAUGGACCUAGGAAAGAGAGAGGCAUAUUCUUGAAUUAUCCAGUCAGGUGAAAAGAAAUAAAACUCGGGCACAUCAUGCUAUAGGAACAUGUAUUUUAAUAAUGUUUCCAAAGUGCAUUUCCUUUGUUCAUUUUUUAGCAUAUUAUUUGUUUUAUAAAUUGAUGGAAAAUGUGCAAAAACACUUUUAAAGAAAAACUGUUUAUUUUUAAUUACUUAUUAGGAAAACCAACUUCCUGAAUUGGAUUAAGUUUGGAAAGUCUUUAAUUUUUCAUCCCCUUGCUGAAAUGCUAGAUCUGACGCUUUCAAAGGCUUCAGUAAAUAGACGGGGGGAGGGAGGAGGGUUAUGUAUUGGGAUUUUUUUCCAUAUAUUUUGUGUUUGCAGCUCCUCUGCAGUGGAUGUGGUGAGAGAAAUUUCACCCUCUUAUGCUGGAGUUCGUUAAUUAUGGUUGUAAGCACAAUGUUUACUAUGUUCAGUUUAUAUGUUUUUUGGAAUAUGGUAUAUUUGGUGAGGCAUUUUCUGUGUAUUUCCGAAGAGAUGUCUUUACUUCCAAAUGUCUUGUAAACUAAGCUAGGUUUUGUCAAAUGCUGAAUAUUGGCUCGAGACUGUUGCCUAGUUUCUGUAGAGGUUGGAAAUGCUUUCCCUUCUGUAAGCUGAAAACUCAGGUCAGUUUAGGUUUCUCUGUGGGAAGCUAUUAUUGUGCCUAAGAGUUGUAACCUUAUAAUUUGGUAAUAUGGGGAAGCCUUGUAAGUGUUCAUCUACCAUGGACCACCGUUAUUUCUAGCACUGGCACUGAAAUUAGUUGGGAAUUGAAUGUCACAUCUUUGGAGGCAAAUCUUUUGUCUUUUGUUAAAUCCAGACUUCUCUCAUUAAAAAUAAGUAAUACUCUAGUAGCCAUGAGGAUAUCAUUGUCUGGUUGCUUUUUUUCCCCUAGUGAACUGUGAGAUCCAUUGCUACAGAAUGCCACAAAUUUAAUUUACAUUUCUGUCCAAAACCUUGUCACUGUCCAUGUAGAAGUUAGUUACCCUUUUGUCAUCUCCGAAGUAUGCUUAAAAUGUACCCUUGCUGACUUAAAGUGUGUAGAGAAAACACUUGUCUGGAAACCUAUGGCCUCCAUUUUUUUCUGAGGACAACUCCAAUCAAAAUGGAGAUUUACCUUUAAAAGGUCUUUAAGAAAAAAAAAAGAAGAAAAAUCCUCAACUUCUAACUUUAAUUGGUGUUAAGCGCCUUAAAUAUUGAUAAAUUCAAACUUUUGUGUACCGAGGCAUUCCUUCCUGAGACAGUAUUGAUCAACUUGGGAAUCAGAAUGGGAAGUGGUAGUGUUGGAGUGGUUUUUUGUAUUGCACCAAAAUGACGGUAUUUUCUACUCUUAUUCUGAAAAUGUAAAAGACAGUUUCUGUUUCAGUGAGUGACAGAAUCUUUUCUAUUACAUAUUCCUGAGGAAAGUAGAGACAGGGCCCUCUGUAGGCUAUGUACCUAAAAACAGAAACGUAAACACUUAAAAUGGACAAGGACCUGAAUUGGAAAAAAAACAAAAGUGAUGGAAUAAAGUAGCCAUGAAUAAAUAAAACAUUUUAAAAGUCCACUUGUUAAUUUCACACUAUGCUUGUUCUGUUUUUUAUCCAGUGUCUGUUUUGAAAUAGCAGCAUGUGACAACAAGUUUUUAUGUAAAAUCUGACCGUUCAGAAGUGAUUUUUGAGGGGAGGGGAAAGGGGAUGUCUCUUACAAAGGCCAGUCAAGGAUAUCACUUCUGAGCAAACAGUUCUGGCUGGGUUAGAACUGUACUUGCAUUUUCAGUUAGAAUUUUUCUUUGAACUGGCUGCAGUUUAGACAAACGAUUGAGUUUCUGAGUAGCACUUGUUCUGUGCAUCUGUGUAUUGUUGCCUAGUGGUGGAACUUGUACAUCUUAAGUAGAUGUGUUCUGAAGGCAGAAUUUGAUCAUAAAAUGGACAUUUAGAAUAAAAAUGAAGAGCUAAUGCCUAACAGUCUGCUUUAUAAUUAAAUAAAGUACAUCUUUGGAACUAA